AUGAAACUAGACUGCUCAGGAUUGUCUCAAUACGCCGGCGGACCUCCUGACCUGAAGGUGAGCUUGUUAGAAGCGGUGCGGUUCGUGCAUGGUGCGUGGUAUGAGGUGAAGCAGGUUACACUCAAGAACUGUUUUAAAAAGGCAGGCUUCGUGCGCCACAACGCCACGGUCUCGGAAGAGACAAAUGACUUGCUCAUCGAACCUGCCGAUGUGGGUGAACUUUGGGACCACAUAGCAGCUUCCGAGGAGAACAUCGGCGGAGCUCUCUUGGGAGACUUUUUGAACGCGGACAACGCUGCCGCUUCAUGCGAGGAGUCUACUGAUGAGGCCAUUGCCGAGGAACAGCAAUCGCGACGAAAAAUCACAUCGAGCGACUGCGAAAGUAGUGACGACGACGGCGGCGACGAGAACACCCCGCCUCCAAUGUCUUCACAAAAUGCCCUGCUCUCCAUCCAGUCGCUGGUCGGUUUUGUGCACGCAAAAGGACUGCCGCCAGCGUACGCGCAACAACUGGAAGCAAUGCACACGGCAAUUGUCAAACUUCAGCUCAAGCAAGCGCAAAUUUCCGACUUUUUUAAGCAUGCUUAA